AUGCACGUCUGCGAAGGCGGGCCGGUAGCCGCGCAUCGCCGCCACCCUCAGGGCGCGCAGGAAGAAACGUGCGACGCCCGCGUGGCGCCUCGCGACUCCGCCUAUGCUCGCGCGGCGUCCCCUCGCGCUCCGAGAGGUGUGGACUCCUCGCCGGAGUGCUUCUUUGCGCCCUUCUCGCGCUCGCCCGCAGCCAGCUGGGCUCUAGCGUCUCCUUUCCGGCGCGUCGCCUCUCUUGGCUCUCCCUAUGCCGCUGCCCCCUCUGCUUCGUCCCUCGCGGCUCUGCUGUCUCACCCGCGCUCAAAAAUCUUUCUGGCGCGCUGUCAGACGGAGCUUCAGCAGCUGCGGAUCCACACCAGCGCCUUCGCGUCCCUCGCGCGCGGGGAGCCCUGGGCCUCUCCCCAGCGCCGCUGGCUCGCGUGCGCUUCCCAGGGAGACAGAAGCGAGCAAGGCGGCGGGGGCGGUCGCUUCGAGAGAGAGCAGCCGCGUCGCGUUCCUGCACAGCCUGCGGACACAGAUUUACUUCAGCAUGUGUUUCUCCUCGUGCCCCCGACACUCAGUGAACUGCUGCGUGCCCAGCAGGCGCGGAGUGCGGAAGGAGACGACCGGAUGAGGAAAGGCGAACGCGAUGCGCACCAGCGACUUGCAGGCGCCGAGGGCAGUGCAGAGACAAGGCACCUGAACAGCGCAUGCAGCCAGGCUGAAGAGACGCCGCCCGCCCCGCCGGCCUGCCGCACCUACGGCGGUUUCGCGCUUCAGGCCUACGUGAACUUGAACGGACUCCUAGGUCUACCGCAGCGCGCGGAGCGGGGCUCUGGAGCCUUGCGGGGCGCAGACGAGAUACCGAGCGACGCCAGCCCGGUCAGGUUUCCAGCCGUUGCUCCCUCGAGCGCCAGCGCGUUCGAAGAGGCGGAAGCAAAGGCCGCGCAGCACGCAGAGAGUGCCGGGGCGACGCCGGAGGAGCGAAGCAACGAAGAUCUUUCCACUCAAGAAGGCGAGGAAGACCUGUUUCUCCAUUUCACCCUCGAAGUCUAUGCGGACUAUCCGUUCGAGCCGCCGUGUCUCUUUUUCAGGCGGUUUGUCUCUCGCUCGGAGAUCCGCCGCCGCCAGCACCAAGCAGCGGCCUCUCCCGCAUCUGUCUCGACGCCCUCUUCGUCUCGCGCUUCUCCGCAGUCUCCGCACCGUCUGCUGAGCGAGGCCGUGCACGAGAGACUCGCGGCGCUGUCGAGGGAGGGGACGGCGUACGCUCUGACGCACGCCGUGCUGGGCGAGAGCUGGCUUCCGUCGCUCUCGCUGGUGAUUCUGUUGCGUCGUCUCUGCUCGGCUCUGCUGCUUCUUUCAUUCCAAGCGCAGGAAGAGAAUCAGGGCCAAAGCACACACGUCAACCUCUGCCGCCUGGAGCCGUCAACCUCGCGCGUUUCUCUCUCCGCUGCGCAGCCAGCGCGAGUCGCGACCAAGGCGCCUUGCUCGCCGCUUGCUGCGGAGAGAGAAGCGCGCAAGGGGCAUCUCGCGGGCGCGUCUGAGUUUUGCGCUUCGCCUCCGCUGGCUUCUUCUGCGGCGCUCUCCUCUGCUGCGGCGGCGCGCCACCGAGGGGGGGAAACCGAAUGCAGACGAGUCCGGCGCAGUUACGGAGACUUUGAAGCCCAGCGUCACUGGAUGGAAAUAACUUUCAAUCUUCCUCUCUCGGUCUGGUAUACCUACGGCACAUUCCUGUCUCCCCCCUCCUUUCUACAGGCUCCAGUUGCUUCGCAGUCCGAUCCCCCUCCGGCAGGGGGUCCGACCUCUUUUCCUUCUUCCUCUGCUGAGAGAGAGAGACGGGGGCGGGGGCGAGCGAGAAGAGAGGCUCCGCCAGAUGCGAGGCCGCCGCGAGCCGAGGCCUCGGGGGAGGACGCAAACCCGCGCGCCUCCGCCUCGCUCUCGCCUCAGAUAAAGUCUCUCUGGUGGCCGUUGGACUACCCCCCCCUCAGUGCGUUCUUCGCUCUGGCGCUCGCCCCGAUCGCCUUCCUCGCGCAUCCUCCCUCCGUCGUCCUGUGGCCUUGGCGGAGACACGCAGGCCUCUGGAGUCUUGAGACGGCGAAGGAGGACGCGGGCGAGCGGGCAGUUGACCGCGGAAGGGAGGGCGAAGCCCGGCGCGCGCCGAGCGCGAAGACGAACGGAGAGCGCGCACACGAGGAGACAGAGACAGCGAACGAGAGCGGCGGCGAACGGAAGGAGGGCGCGCACCAGAGAACGCCGAACGCGAGACAGCAGGCCCGAAAUGUCGCGGUCGCUGCCUCGAGCGACGCAGAGUUCCGCGCGGUUGAAGACGAGUUUCUCCGCGUGUUCAUGAGGUGGACUGUCAUCGCCGCGGACUUCCUGACUUUUGUCCUGUUCUCUCUCUUCUUCUUUUCUUCGUCCCCCCCGUCGGCCUCUCAGGCUGAGCAGACCCCGCCCGAGGACGGCGGGGGAGAGGCAGAGGAGAGCGAAGCGCGAGUGGCAGAGGCCAGCCAGCGGGUGCCGUACUCCCCGUCUUGGCUGCAACUCGCGACUUGCCCAUCGAGCGACGCAACCAGACCCGCCCAAAACGCGCGCGGUGCGUCGGGGCUUUACGCGGAGUUGUUCAGCGGCGAAAAGCGCGAGGCCGCUCGCUGCGCACAUGCCUCGACGUCGGCCUCGGUCUCCCCUCCUGCGGGUCCCGUUCGCCCUCGCUCUCCAUCGUCACCCUCCGGCUCGUUUUUUGCGCGCGCUUCGUCGCUCCUCUGCCGGCUCUCAUCAGACUCUUUCUGCGGUCGCGCGUCUCCCGCGUGUCGCUGUGCGGGCACGGAGACGUCGAGCUUCCUCUCGCUCGCACUUUUGUUGCUCUCUCCACCGCUUCUCCUGGUCGACGAUGGUCAUUUCCAGUACAACGGCGUCGCGCUCGGCUUGGUCACCGGCGCAGCUGCCUGUCUCUUCCGCGGCCAAGAUCUGUGCUGCGCUCUCUGCUUCUCGCUCGCACUGCUGUUCAAGCAAACGAUGCUGUACUUCGCGCCGGCCUUCUUCGCCGUGUUGCUCUCCCGGGCCUCGCGCCGGCUCCACUUUAAAGGACGCCUGCAGACUCCGCAGAUUUUUCAUCUUCCGCUCCGCACCUGCAUGUGGAGGGUCUCGCGCCUGGCGCUGGUCGUGCUCGCCGUCGCGGCGUGCGUUUUCUCUCCCUUUCUAUUGCUCCACCCGCCUGCACCGCUGUCCCUCUCUCAGCAGCAAGAGGCGUCGCUCGCUUGGUCCUUCUCUUUGUUUCCUCCGCCGGGCGAAGCGCCCGUCGACGGCCGCCGCACCGGCGAGCGGUCGGGGCUCCGGCCCCCGGCGUUUUCGUCUUCGCUCGCGAUUCUAUACAACCGGAUCUUCCCUUUUCAUCGCGGAGUCUACGAAGACUACGUCGCCAAUGUGUGGAUCGUCCUCUCUCCCGUCCUUCGGCUGAGAGACCGGCUUGCUGCGGACUCGUCGCCGUUUCUCUCUGAAAAGAUGCUUCUGCUUCUCUCCAUCGGCCUGACGCUGCUUGGUCUGCUCCCUGCAUGUGUCGCCGUGUACGCACACCCGACGCGGGAGCGGUUCCUCGCUGCCCUCUUCUGCUCGGCGAGUUCUUUCUUCCUCUUCUCCUUCCACGUUCACGAGAAGGCCAUCCUCCUCCCCCUCUCGGCGGCGCUGCUGAUGCUCCCGCGAACGCCUGAGUUCGCCUGUCUGUACAGUAUGAUGGCGACUUUCUCCCUUCUUCACCUGAUGCAGAAGGACUUCUUGGUCUUUCCAGCCAGUCUCCUCCUUGUUUGCUUCUUCUUCCUCUCCGCGCUUCUCGUCCCCCAUUUGCGGUCGUCCGACCCGUUGCCAGCGACGCGCACGCAUGGUCUGACUCCCUUUUUGCCGCAGAGCUCCUCCACUCGUCAAGCGACGCUGCGCUCCAGGCUUGGGGCGCUGUCGCCUCGUUUUUCGUCGACGCAUGGGAGUCCGCGAUCUUUUGCUGUCUCAGCCUUUCUGACCGCCUGGCGCUAUGGUGCGGCGGCGUCAGACAUUGGUUUCUGUCUCUUCCUCUUUUUUCGUCUUCUUAUUCGGCGCGUGUACUUACAUGUGACCUUUUCAGUGGCGACGGUGCGCGCUUCCCUUUUCCCCGCUUCUCCGCCCCGUGAACGGCCUCUCGACCUGCUUGCGCAGAAGCGCAUACAGUUGGAAACGCUGCGCUCUGAAGAGGCGCAGGUGUACCGGCAGCUAGCUGAGGUCCUCAGGAAGAGAGGGAAGCCGUUCCCUAGCGGUGUGGCGCGUGAGGAAGCGGCGCGUUUCUGUCCACAAGGAGAUCAGACGUGUCGGGAAGAACGGGGGGGGCACGAGUGGCUCUCCAGGCUCUUCCCGCUUGUCCUGAGCCCUGUUGGAUGGCUGCCUGCGGCCUUCUUUUCGGCACUACCCCAAGUGUUCAUCCGCCCUCCUACACGCUUCCCGUACGUCUUCGUCUAUCUGAACUGCUGCCUUCAUUUCCUCUUCUUUUUCCUAAGCUUGGUGGCUGUCACCCUACGCGCUUUCUCAGCCCCCUCCACUGAAGGCAGAUCGUGUCCCGAGUCUCUUCUGGACGAGACGCGCGAAGAAAUCCUCGAGGAUUCUCCGUUUUCGGGCUCUGUUCACUCAUUCGUACACGGUCGAGAGAAAAAGGAAUAG